GCAUGAACAUAACAUCAAACAGUUUUUUGAUUUAAAUGAGUGAAGGUUGGAAAGAAUAUUCUUCCUGGUCAAAGUGGGUCAGUAUUCGAAUCGGUUCGAUUAAGCCAAAUAGGAAAAGCGCUCAGCGCACUGCAGCAGCACUGUAAAACAGUUAGACGGCCAAAAACUGCAACGAAACACGCCCGCCAAAGAAAGUGGAAGAAGCAGCAGACGCGCCAAGCUCACAACAAGAGGGAACUGUUCAUGGCUCAUAAUUUCGUUAGCACGAGGGUGGCCAGUGGCGAGUCGCACAAGUAGCAGCAGAUCCACGCCAAAUUCGCCCGGAAAAUGUAAACAUUUUGUAAACAUUACAACGAUAAAUGCUUUCCAACUACUGCCGCCGAGUGCCUAGCAAGUGAUCAUCGAUUAAACACAUGAUAAACGCAUAAGAACGGACAAGAAAAUCGAAUAAUUUGCGGCGACUAUGGAAUACCCUCUGGCCGUGUAAAGUGUUAGAAAAUAUAUUUACAGCGAACUAUCGCCACUCCAUCGACUGCCGCCUUGUGCUAUAGCAACGUGAUCUCACCACUCUUAUGAUGGAACUCUUGUCAAACAAUUCGGUUCCGCAACAAAUGGCCAGCAGCAAUGCGCCGAGCGCCAACGGCGUGGCCAACGGCUCCUCCACGGCCAACGGCAGUGGCGGGGGCAGUAUUAGCAGCAAUGCCAGCAACUCCUCCGAACGGCUACUAGCCGGCAUCCUCGAGAGCUUCCCCUCCUGGGACCUCAACGUGGGUCUAUUACCCAACAUGGGUCAGAGCUCUCCGCCACGAACCGACUUCUUCAUAAACAACUUCUUGGGCGGACUUGACACACACGGCGACUUCAGCAUCGGACCCAUUGGUAGCGGGGCGCGUAGCAAUCCCAAAAUGUCGCCGGAGUCCUCCAACAACUCGAGCAUUAGCUGCGGCUGGUGCGAGGUGAGCGCCUCGAUACGCUGCCUGGAGUGCAACGAGUUCAUGUGCAACGACUGCUUGAGGGAGCACCGCAACAGUCCACUGUCCUCCAACCACUCUAUCGUGUCCCUGCCCACGCCCAUAGGAGCCUCUCCGACGGGCGGCAGCUCGGCCAACGCACAUACCCCGCCCAGCGGAAACUUCAUCUGCGACAUUCACAACGAGAUGCUGCGCUAUGUGUGCGACUACUGCCGGAAGCUGGUGUGCCAAUGCUGCACGCUGCACGAGCACAAGGAGCAUAGCUACGCCUCCAUCCAGAGCUUUAUGGUCGGCUCCAAGGAGAAGCUAGAGACCGCCAUCGAGAGCAGUCAGGUGGGCACACGCUGCAUCAAGAGCAGCAUCGACAAGGCGCUGGCCUUCAUCCGGCUGAUCGAGCGCAACUGCAGCGAAUUGAGUGACAAUAUCCGCAAGGCUUUCCGCCAGUUCAUCAUCGCCAUCGAGGACCGCGAACGCUUCCUUCUCGACUUUGUGGAAAAGCUGCGCCAGCGCCGACUGGCCAUCCUGCACGACCAGAUGGCAGGCCUGAAGUCUGCCCUAGCCGGACUCUCCGAAACCUCCGACAUGCUGAGCAAGGUGGCUGACAAUGCUUGCAACUUGGACCAAAUCGAAAUCGCCAUGAAACUGACCAACGGCCAGAGACAAAUGGAACAGUUCGCGGGCAUCUACAAGGAUCUGCAGCCCAAGCAGGAGGUCUUUGCCUUUGCCCCGCCCGACUACAGCCUGUUGCAGGAUAUCCGUAACCAAGGCGGCGUGAUCCUGGUGGACGAUAAAAACAUGCCCAUCGUAUCCAGCACCAAUGGCAUUGUGCCGAGUGUCUCGAGCGUGAGUGGAGUGCCCACCACUUCUGUGGGCGUUGGCGUGACUGGCGUGGGCGCUGGUGUGGGAGUCGGCGGCGUUGGAGUCACGAAUGGUAUGGACAUGGCCUUUGGCCUAAACAUGGCUACCAAUCCUCUGAACGUGGCUUCCUCAACCGUGCGCCGUCCAUUGCUUCGGGACAACAGUUUCCGCAUCCCAUCGCCCAUCAUGCAGCCCCGCGGCGGAAGCGCCUGUGGAAUGUCAAAUGCCGCUCUAGACUGGGAACUGAAUGGACUACGCAGCUCACCGGGACUACACUUCAGUGCGCCCCGAACCACGCAGGCCAUUCCGGGAUGCAUGGAUCUAGUCAAGGUGCGGAACUCAAACGCUCUCUCCCUAUCCUUUGCCACCGAAGGACACGAGGAUGGGCAGGUGAGCCGGCCGUGGGGCUUGUGCGUUGACAAAAUGGGCCAUGUGCUGGUGUCGGAUCGCCGCAACAAUCGUGUCCAAGUGUUCAAUCCCGAUGGAUCUCUGAAGUUCAAGUUUGGCCGGAAAGGCGUGGGCAACGGCGAGUUCGAUUUGCCCGCUGGAAUCUGUGUGGACGUGGACAACCGCAUCAUUGUUGUGGACAAGGACAACCACCGGGUGCAGAUCUUUACUGCCAGCGGCGUCUUCCUGCUCAAAUUCGGCAGCUAUGGCAAGGAGUACGGCCAGUUCCAGUAUCCGUGGGACGUGGCUGUGAACUCACGCCGUCAGAUCGUAGUCACAGAUUCGCGCAACCAUCGCAUCCAGCAGUUUGACUCCGAGGGCCGGUUCAUCCGCCAAAUUGUGUUCGACAACCAUGGGCAGACUAAGGGCAUCGCCUCGCCACGAGGCGUUUGCUACACACCCACGGGCAACAUUAUAGUUUCCGACUUUGACAACCACUGCCUCUACCUGAUCGAUCCCGACAUCAAUGACAUACUGUCCGUGAAGGGACACGAGGGCUCGGGCUUCCAUGAGUUCAAUCGGCCCUCGGGCCUGUGCUGUGACGACGAAGGUCGCAUUAUUGUGGCCGAUUCCAAGAAUCAACGCAUCCUGGUCUUCAACCAGAACCUGGACUUUAUGUGGGAUAUCGAGGUUAGGCCCUCCAUAAACCCGCUGAUGCCACCCACCUUGGACGAGAAGGAUCGCACCUGCGACGUGGCCCUCAUGCCAGACGGUCGGAUCGUUUUCCUCAUUGAACUAUCGCCAGACUCCAAAGAAGGGUCUAACCCUUACAAGCGGUUUGUGCACGUAUUCUAAAUUAGCGAGUGCCGAUCUUUUUUAGACCAUUUACAAGAGCUAAGCAUUAGCGUAGACGAUAUCCAAAUAAGAGAUGGAAACAGGAGGCGAUGCAGAUGCAGGAGGAGACACAAAUAAGGGAAAAUCUGAAUUGAGUGUGUACGGAAAUUAGCGAAAAUUUUUAGCAUAAGUGCUACAACGAUUACCUCGAUAUUGCUUAAGAGUUACGGUUACAAUUUGGUAAUUUACAAUACAAUACGAAUUACACAUAUGUAUCAAUAGAUAUCUAUAUCUAUACACAUAUGCAUAAUCUAGCGAAUAUACAAGCCCAAAACAACCAACUAGAACUAAAACCAAGAACGUAUAAGGAUGGACUACGGAGUGGGAACGUGUGGUUGAGUAGGAUAUACUUAGGAGAUAUAAUAGGCAUAGGAUCCGAGAGCAUACAGUAGAGUUAACGAACCUAGUAAAAGAUAAACGCAAAUAGGGAAACUCAACCAUUUACUAGAUGAAAAUAUUCUUACCUGUUAGUUAGACUGAAAGGCAGUUUGCUAGCUGAUCUAGGGAGAGAGUAAUGGAAGUGGGGAUUUCGUUUUUUAUGGGGUUGCUUAGCGGAGAAAGCAGAGAAAGUACUAGAGAGGAUCGAUUUUAAUUCGACCAGAGUUACUAAAAAUUAUUUGCAGAACUUCUGUGGGAUAGGAUGGUAUCAAUGAUUGUAUUAUUAUUUUAGUUCGUUUGUUUUAACUCUGUUUGACGUUAAUGACUAAGUUAAUUUUUUUUGCAAAAUAUUUUAUAAUUAUUUCUUAUAAUUGAGACUGAGCAAGUGAGUACACGAACUUUGUAAAAGUAAACAAAGCAAAACAAACAUAAAAAUAUUGAUGAAACCCGCUGACUUUUGGUUGAACUUUUAACAAAGACUGAUUAACUAAACCGCAAUUUCGGAGCCAACUAAAGAACCAUAUAUGGUGAGGCCAAAAACAAAAAAAGUGAAACAAAAAUCCAACACUCAAAUUGCAAUGACAUUGAUAACGUAAAGUAACUUAACAUAGCUUAAACAUAAAAUACUUACAUACAUACAGAUAGAGAUAGAGGUACAGAUAUCAUAUAGCGAUCCGAUCAUCCAGUCAUGAAUCAUCAUGAGCAUAGCUGAAAACCGAGUUUAACUGACAUUUUCAUUCGCACAUACAUACAUUAAUUCAUCAUUCAUUCAUCGAAGCGACUUGCAUGCAUCACAGGGAUUUUUUUUUGUGUCAUCGUUAAGUUAAAAAAAAACAAGAAAAAAUAAUUGUAAAAUGAAUUUCCCACAGGAUACAUGGCAGGCAGGUUGAAAGGAGGGGUUAGCUAAAAGUGAAGAGUUUGGGAUGGUUAAAAAACAAAACGAAAAAAUUAUCAUAAUUUUUGACUCAAUGUGUUCAUUAGCAUUUAGUAGACUUAGCGGGCGUGGCAUAGUGAAAAAAAAGUAUGGAAAAUCCAGAGCAAUAUAUGGUAUGGGCGUAUUGAAUACACAUUUAGGUGACAUGUUCCUCGCAAAACGAAACAAAACAUAAAGAAAUAUUGAAACUUAAUGAAAAUCAUGGGCAAAACGCAUGAAUUAGCUGAAUUAUCUGUCUAGGAGUGGAACGAUUUUAAUAGCAAAUAUAGACACAGAUAUAGAGAACCGACUAGAACCUAGAACCGAUACUAGGCUAAAGACCAGGCGUUAAUCGCAAUGCUGGAGUGCGUGAAGUUCGCUUAAAAUGUAUUAGCCAACAUAGUUACUUAGUUUAUGUUAUGUUCUUACUGUUUUGAAACGUUCUAUUCUUUAUAUUUGUAUUUGUGUUCAAAACAAAAAACAAACAAAAAAAAAAACUAAAUAUAACUCAAAAAACCCGGCUUCAACUGAGAGAUAUAGAAAGAUGUGUGAGAGAUAGCUAACACUCCUUCCACGUAAAAGCAACAUUGCAUAAAAUGCGCAAAACAAAAACCCUAAAAUCACUAAAAACUAAAAACUUAAAAAAAAAAAAACAACUAACCUUUAAAAAAAUGAUGCAAAAAUGCCACUGACUCUACGAGAGCAGUUUUGGCAACAAAAAACA